AUGGGUCACGAUCCAGGGGCCAUAAGAGAACUUCCACUUGGUAAAACGAGACCAGGCUUUCCCCCUGACCUCCUACAAGUAUUCGUGAGGCAACAGGUUCUCCGACUGGUUCUCAUUGGCUGCUGUGCUAGCCUGGCAGCAUAUCAUUGUUGGGACUCGUCGGUUGCGCAAACUCGCCUGGUCGAUCAAUGGCUGGAGACUCCAGGCCUUGAAUCCACGACGCAGGCGGCCUUUCCUGCCGCAAGGGACCCUUCCCACAACUACGAUGCGCUCGCCGGACAAACUGCCGUACCACAACGGCUGAAUGAGCUGGUCUUUGUGGGGGAAACAUACGUACCCCCCUGUGCUUCCCUGAGCUUAGCGCACCGAAAGUAUUGGACAAUCACAUCAUUCAUCACCACGCCUUACCGUCAGCAGUUUGAACGACACUGCGCAAGGCUUCCCAGUUCGAGCGUAAAACCCCUGGAUCCUGAAAAUAAGCUUUGUCGCUGUAACUCGAUCAUGACUUGGCGGAAGAUCAAGCUUUUUUUAGGUAUUAUUAGGCACCCUUUCCAACUAUACCAUUCAAGUAAAAUAUCAGGGAUUGACAUCAACUGCCCAUACCAGACAUUAAGAGAUGGGGACGAAAAUAAGAAGAAGAAGAAGAGAGCGGUAUUCAAAUCUGAAUAG